ACCAUUUGGAUUAAUGGUAAAACAACAAGCCAAGACAUGAGUAAAGUCCUCUCCUCCGCAAAGUAAACCAAAUUAGCCCAAAUAUAACGCCUAGGUGGGGCCAGGUGGUGUCACGGGCCCCACCACCUCUAACACCUUAUCCCCAUUUUCCACAUUACCCACAACCACCCUUCUUUCCUCCGUCCUGGGCGGGCGUCUUUUUAACCCGCCCCACCUUCCCAUCCGGAUCCUCCCUUAUCUCUCUUAUUUCCACCCACGGCGUAAAUUAUCCUCCUCCCUUCAUUUCCCAAUUUCCUCUCUCUUCAAUGGCGUCUCUUCCACCUCCCGAAAACUUAGAUCCUCCAUUUGCAGUCCCUCUUGUUUUACCUCCACCUCAACAAUCACAUCUACAACCAGAACCACAACCACCUUCCUCUCGCCGUCUUCCUCCGCCGUGUUGGACACCGGACGAAACUGCCGCGCUUAUCGACGCUUAUCAUGAAAAAUGGUAUUCUCUCAGCCGUGGAAACCUCCGUGCUGCUCAUUGGCAGGAAGUUGCUGAUGAAAUUCAUAGGGUUUGCCCUAAUGUUUUGCCCCCCAAAACGGCUGUUCAGUGUCGGCAUAAGAUGGAGAAGCUUCGAAAGCGGUAUCGCGCUGAUCUUCAACGCGCGAAAUCGAUUCCUCAUCAUAGGUUUUCUUCUUCUUGGGUUUAUUUUGAUAAGAUGGAUGCUAUGGAGAGAGGUGAUUCUAUUGUUGCUGUUGAUGCUAAUAAUGUUAAUGAGGGUUUUGAUAAUGUUGUUUGUGUUGAUGAUGAUGAUGGUGGGGAUUAUGAUGAGGGUAAUGAUGGUGAUGAGGAUUUUAAUGGUGGAUUUGUUAAGGAAUUCAAGGAAUUUCAAAGGAAUGGGUUAAGGAUUCGUAUUGCGAAUUCAAAUCCAAAUCCGAAUCCAAAGAAGAUGAAUUACGGUGGAUUUGAUUACAGUCCUAGCGCUAACCCUAAUCCUAACCCAAACCCUAGUCUUGGAUUUGGGGGUAAAAAGUUUAAUGAGUUUGAUACACCGUCUCGAUACAACGAAGGAGUUAGGUAUGCUACAAGAAUUGUCAAAAAUGAAGGUUUUAAUGGUGGAGGUGGAAGUGGAAGUGGUGGUGUUGGAUCUUCAUCUGGAAUGGGGAUGGGGAUGAAUAUAUCGGUAGCUACGAAGAAGAAGAGGAGUGCAUUGGGGAAGAGAGAAAGAGAUAGGAAAGGUGGUGGAGGUGGAGGUGGAGGUGGAAGUGGAAGUGGAGUGGGGAAGGAGAUGGUGGAGGCGAUUCGACUAUUAGGAGAAGGGUUUAUGCAUGUGGAAAGGAUGAAGAUGGACAUGGUGAGGGAAUCAGAAAGAGUAAGAAUGGAGAAUGAAUUAAAGCGAACUCAGAUGAUUCUUGAGUCGCAACGACAACUUGUUGAGGCUUUUGCUAAAGGAUGGGCUGAUCUCAUUGUUAAUAAUAAUGACAGUAACGUUGGUAAUGUCAAUGUUGAUGAUGAAGAAGACAAUGUUGAUGAUGACGAUGAUGAUGGUUGUGAGAAGAAUAUUGAUAAAGAUGCUUGAUUUUAAUCUAACUCGAUCCAAUUACCGGUAAAAUUAGUAAACUUUUGUUUGCUUGAGUUUUAUGGGGUAGAUUCUGGGGUGAUUGAGAAAGAGAUAGUUCUGUGAAUUGGUAUUUGUAUUUUGUUAGGGGAAUGCUUUUUAGAGAAUAGCUGUGGUUUGUGAAGUUUUCAGAUUGGUUAGUUUAUUAAUUUGGAAAUUGCUUCACAUAUGUGUAGUUUUGUUUUGUUUAGUGUAGUUUUAUAGCUUUUUAAUCUGUAACCAAAUUUAUGAAACAUUCUGUAGUUCUGUGUCAUGUUUCUUGAGCUCAAAUGUGCAAUAUAAACUAAGCUUUUCUACUUGCUAAUAUGUCUUGGAGAAGUCUUGUACACUCUUGCAUCAUUUGAUAUAGAUCUUCUGUUGUGCUAACUUUGUAUCAUAUGAGAUCAUGAAAAAAGGGUUCUUUGUGCAGUAUCCAAAGUCGAACAUGUACAGUUCCAAGAUUGUUACUGUCCAAGGAAUCAGUAAUAUUUCACAUUGGUGAUUAGUUCUGAUGAUGUUUUUUGAGCUUGGUUGGAUGGGACUCUUUGGGACUAUGAUGAUGAUGACGAUGAGUGGAUGAUGUUUUGCUACAAAUCCUGUUUCUGACACAACAGAAUGGUUUCAAGUUCUGAUGAUGGUCUUUGUUUGAGCUUAGAUUUGGUAUAAAUGUCAUACUUUUGUUGCGGAUUUGUCUAGGGAGAAAUCUUGUAUAGUUUGGUUUGGCAUCUUGUGAUUUAUGUAUGAAAUAGGUUUUGACAUUUAAGAGUCACGCGCUUUACUGGAUUAUUUCUGAUAUUGCCUUUUAAGAUGGCAAGUAAAUAACUGAAAUGUAUAUUGCUGUUACAAAUUACAAUGGUUGUGCAAAAUCAGAUACCAAAUUCGAUUCA